AUUUUUAUAUUUAAUUUGCUUUUCUGUCAUUCGGCAAUUUACAACGUGUUAAAAUAAAGAGCUGCCGUGGAACACGUUAUUCUACUUCAAGAAAAUAUUCAAAGUCACACGCGUAAGUAACUGAAACUUUGUUUUUUUUAUAUAAUUUUGUGAGGAGGGUGGAAUGUGCGAUAAAUUUAAGCUAUGUCUAAAAUCUUUCUAGUUUUUAGAAUUUCUUGUGUUUUGUUUUAUUUACGGUUUUAAAAGUUAUUUAUAUGUUUUUAGCUAGGGCCAGAGUAUGUCUUGAACUUUACAAAAUAAUUUUAACUCAACUGGGCAGUGGUACCUGGAAAUUUAGGUUAACUGUGAGGUUAUGUUAGUGGGGCAAGAUGGCACAAGAGUAUAAUUUUUCAGGCCUUAUUCUAGGUUUGUUUUUGUAUAUGUGCUGGUUCCAAACAACUUAAGUUUUUUUCUAUAUUUUAGAUUACAAUUCAAAAUGGUUAGAAAUUAUGUAAGAAAAACAAAGAGCGAUGAUAAGGAGAUGAAGCUACGAUAGGUAAAGCUGCAGAUGCAUUCAAUGUGCCUAAAAAUGCUCUUCACAGAAGGGUAACUGGUCAGUUAAAGUUACUCAGUGAGGGCAACUUACAUACAAAAAUACUGGGUCUUAAAAGGACAGUCCUAACCAAGGACCAGGAAGAUAAGCUCGUCAAGUAUAUUAUAGAUAUGGACACUGUAUUUUAUGGUUUGACGAUUAAUGGCAUUCAACGUAUUGUUUUCCAAUAUGUCGAUAAAAACAAAAUUCCUCACCCUUUCAAUGUGGUCUCAGGUCUUGCUGGAAGAGAUUUUGUUGAAGGAUUUCUGAAAAGAAACCCAAUGUUAUCUUUACGAAAACCACAGGGCGUUGCUCUUCAUCGAAUUUAUGGACUUAACCGAGAGUCGGUAUCAAACUAUUUUACCAAUUUAGAAAAUAUUUUAGACACUUAUAAAUUUCAAGCACACCAAAUUUAUAAUUGUGAUGAAUCUGGCAUAACAGCAGUACACAAACCAAUGAAGAUGAUUGCCCCAAAAGGCAAACACUGUGUCUCCUCAGCUACCAGCGGCGAGAAGGAAGUCACAACAACAAUUGUGUGUUGCACCAGUGCUACAGGAAAUUAUGUGCCACCUUUAGCGAUUUUUAAAAGGAAAAGAAUGAAACCUGAACUCAUUGAUCAUGCCCCACCUGGUACAAUAGGAGGGUGCUCGGACAAUGGCUGGAUAACAAGCGAACUUUUUCUCACAUAUAUCAAACACUUCCGUGUACAUCUACGUUGUUCAAAGGAUCAGAAAGUCUUACUGAUUCUUGAUAGUCAUGUUACACAUACGAAAAACAUAGAAACUAUAGAUUAUUGCAGAGAGAAUGGUAUUGUUUUAUUGUCCCUACCACCGCACACCUCCCAUAAGUUACAACCUCCAGAUCGAAGUUUUUUUAAGCCACUGAAGACUGCUUAUCACACAGAAUGUCGUCGAUGGAUGAGGGAACACCCGGGACGUAGAAUAACUGUUGACCAGAUUGGUGUAAUUUUUUCAACUGCAUAUUGUAACACAGCCACAACUCAAAAUGCAGUUUCUAAUUUUAAAUGGAAUUGUACCAUUAAAUCGUGAUGUUAUUCCUGAUAGUGAAUAUGCUGACGAUGCACGUUUAUCAGUCGGGACCACUUUACCCUAUGUUACCACUGCACCUCGAUCGUCCACUGUUACCAACACACCUCAAUCAUCACCUGUUGUGCUCUCUUCAACGCCUGUUGAAGAACCUUCAUCUUCAAAAGCUGUUCAAUUUUCCAUUGAAACAAGUUUUGAAAACAUUGUUCCUGUACCAAACGUUAAAAUGCCAGCAAAAAAGGGUGA